AUGAGAGGCAUUUUAAUUCAAACUUUACUGUAUGGAUCCUUGACAUUUGGGAUCUGGACAGCUCUGUUGUGUGUAUUUAUUAACCACAAUCAUGUGAGCAACUUGGAGAAGAAAACCCAGGAGCCUGCCUCAAUUUGGUCCCUUGAAAAAAAAUUUCAUCGGCAAGAUACUCAUGGCUCAGAGGAAAUUCCAAGACCAUAUGUGAGAUUUGAAAGUCCUGAUGAAGAAGAAACCAAACCACAGAAAUCCUUUUUCAAAUGGAGUAAGGAUUUUAACUAUUCAAGCUCAGAAUUUGUUGAUGGAUUUUUAAAAUAUGGAUUUAACACCAUUCUCAGUAAAAGCUUGGGCAGUGAGAGAGAAGUGCCAGAUACCAGAAAUAAAAAGUGUUUUCAAAAACAUUACCCAGCCAACCUACCUACUGCCAGCAUUGUCAUCUGCUUCCACAACGAGGAGUUUAACGCCUUGUUUCGGACCAUGUUCAGUGUCGUAAACCUCACCCCACGCCACUUCCUUGAAGAAAUUAUUCUGGUAGACGACAUGAGCGACUCUGAUGAUUUGAAAGAAAAACUAGACCACCACCUGGAAAUUUUUCGGGGAAAGAUUAAAUUAAUAAGAAACAAAAAGAGAGAGGGACUGAUCCGAUCACGGAUGAUAGGGGCCUCUCGUGCUUCAGGGGACGUUCUGGUGUUCCUGGAUAGCCACUGCGAGGUGAAUAAAGUGUGGCUGGAGCCCCUGCUGCAUGCCAUUGCCAAGGACCCCAAAAUGGUGGUGUGUCCUCUGAUAGAUGUCAUUGAUUCUAUGACCCUAGAAUACUGGCCCUCUCCUGUUGUAAGGGGUACUUUCAACUGGCACCUACAAUUUAAAUGGGAUAAUGUCUUCUCUUAUGAGAUGGAUGGACCAGAAGGACCCACUCUACCCAUUCGGUCACCUGCAAUGGCUGGGGGAAUUUUUGCUAUAAAUAGGCAUUACUUUCGUGAGAUCGGACAGUAUGACAAGGGCAUGAACCUCUGGGGAGCAGAAAAUUUGGAGCUUUCGUUAAGGAUCUGGAUGUGUGGAGGCCAACUCUUUGUACUCCCCUGCUCGCGGGUAGGACACAUCAGUAAGCAGCGCUUUCCAAAUCAACCUGAGUUUGCAGAAGCCAUGACAUAUAACAGUCUCAGACUGGCGCACGUUUGGCUGGAUGAAUACAAGGAGCAGUUUUUUUUACGAAGACCUGGCCUGAAAUCUGUUGCCUAUGGAAACAUUAGCGAGCGUGUUGAGUUAAGGAAACGAUUGGGUUGCAAAUCAUUUCAGUGGUAUUUGGAUAAUGUCUUCCCAGAACUGGAGGCAUCUGAGGGCAGCAGAUGA